GAGAGCUGAGUUGAGGAAAACUGUGGGAUCACUUUAACUCUGGAUCAGUUUUGGCAAAGUUUUAAUUUUUAUCAACAGUCUUUAGAUGGAGUCACAUUGGCCCCUUAAACUCUGCUGGUCUCGUCAGUGGUUUGGUCAUUACACAUUUUUGCAAGAAAACAUUGUUUCAGCCCACAGAUUUUAUUUUAUAUUGUAGUGGACGUUCUAAAAUUUCUUAAGACAAAGGUCCAAAGAUAAAACGAUAAUUAAAUCAAAACCUACAGAGGUUAAGCCAAACUUUCAAAAGCCAGCUGAUGUUUUACCUGGUUUUGUUUUUCUUUCUGUUUGUUUUACACAAGGUGCAAGAGUUCCUGUGGCCUCGUUGGGGUCUGGAUCAUGGAAAGAGGUUGCUCGACCUGCUCCAUAGUGAGCCCUUUGUGUCCCGCCCACUGUUUGUCCAUGCCUUCUCUAUCGGUGGCUACACAUUUGCUAAUCUGCUGAUACAUGUGUCCCAGGACACACAGAGAUAUCAGGCGCUCACACAGAGGAUCAGAGGCCAAGUCUAUGAUAGCCUGGUGGUGGGCUCUGUGGAGCAGAUGUCCACAGGUCUAGCUAAGACUGUAUUGCCACGUUGGGAGACCCUGAUAAAACAUGUGAGCCUGUUCUACUUUAACAUCUUCAAACGGCAGACAGUGGACUACUUUAACAAAGGCAUUGACGUGUUUUGGAACAGUCCCAUCACUGCUCCCGCGCUCUUCUUUUUUUGUGAGAAUGAUUUGUUGAGCAACCCACGAGUGAUGGAGGAAGUGAUUGAUCAUUGGCUGAAACGCGGGGUGGAAGUCACAACAAAGAAAUGGGAGGAUUCAACACAUGCAGGUCACAUAAAGAGGCACCCAGAGGAGUACCUGAGCACCCUAAACAUGUUCCUCCACUCUCUCCAUUUUGCCCCGCUGAAGGCUAAAAUGUAAGACCAAAAAACAGUCCUAUUAACUUGACUUUGCUUGUUUUCUGUUUUUCUGUUAAAAUGUUUGUUAGACUAUAAUGUGUUACCACAGCACUGAGGAUUAACUAAGAAAAAGAAACUUUAGGAAGACUGGUAGAGGACGAUGGGAUCCCUCUUCCAGCACGGACAGGCGUGCAAUAGAUGUCGUAAAUAACAAAUGAAAUACUGCACGGCAAAAAGAC